AUGAGAAAGACUGGUCUCUGUUUGGACGUCGUUCUGAAGAUAGUUAAAUAUUUAUCAUUAAAUGAUGUUAUUACUAUAUUUUCUAAUGACAUCCUUCCUUUAUUACAGAAAUAUAAAAUAACAUUACCUAUUGUUGAACCUACUAAUAGAUUUAUGCAGACUAUGAUUGAAAAUAUUAAUCGCGACCAAAUUGUUUCUUUACGUCUUAAAGGAAAUCAAAUCCGAUCAAUAAUGGAAUUAACUUCUCCAUCUAUUCUUCAUAAUGUAAGAGUUGUUACGCUUCUCAAUCUUCAACAUGUAAAUCAUCUCAAUGAAUUUAAAAUACGUCUUCCUAAUUUAGCAGGCCUUUUUCUUCGCUAUGACAAAGAAGUUGAUUUUCAUAGUAUAUGUAAAGUUUUCAAUUAUAUUGAACAACCCAUGCAACGAUUCAAAAUUCAUUGCGGGUAUCUGCGUUGUCCUCAUCGUCAUACAUCAAUCAUUCUCAAAAAGAUCAAAAACCUUAAUGAAACAGUUGAAUAUUUUUUACUCCAUGUAACUCAUGCUUCUAUGGGAUUUCUAAAGAAUUGUGCACAAUAUUAUACAACAUGUUUUUUAAUGGCAAUAACUGAUUUUAUAAAAAUUAUGCGAAAAGUUCGAUAUGUUGAUUUAAUUGUCAGUAGUAUCAAUGUUGAUAGAUUAUUAGAUAUAAAAGAAUGGACAAGUCUCGUAACAACAUGCCAUCAAUUGGAGAAAAUAACAAUAAAGGUACUAAGAAAUACAUCACAAGACACACAAUUAACGGAAAAUAUCGAGAGAAUUCAGCAAGAAUUAUUUAAUGUGCGACAAAAUAUCGAAUUUCAAAUGACAUUCAAGUAAAUGUUAUUGUAUUCCAUCGUUUUAAUAUGUAUUCAUGUAUUGAGAAUACAUAUCAAUAUUUUUAAAUGAAACCCGAGUAUAUCCGCAUGGAUAACUUCUAACUUUACAUAUUGAUGUCUAUCAAAUAUUGUCUGAAAGAGUUCAAAAAAGUUUAUCGCGUCUAUCUGUCCGUCAUUAUAUGUAUUUCAACAUCUCUGUGACGAGGGUUAGGUAAAAAGUUAAUUUUAUCAUAUUAACUAGGCACAAUCAUCAUUCGUGACCAUCUAUUCAUGGUCCAGCCCGGCUCGAACUCAAAGAUAAUUCCGUUUACAAAAAUUGUUUUGCCAAAAGACUUUGAGGAUUAUUUCAGCCGUUGUCAAUUCAGUUAGAAAAGAAAUACUUUAAUAACUAUUCAAAGAACAGAAAAUGAGUAUAUGUAUGUUUUAUAUGCAAUACUUAAUUUUACUUCCUUUGAUUUUCGAUGAACAAAAAGAAAACAAAAAUAUACACUACAACUAGCAGUCCAAGGGUGUGAAUGUGAAUGUCAGUAUUGGUGUUGGAGUGUAUAUGAAUCUUCCCUACAUCCGUGCCCUCAAUACAAAAAAUUUCAAAAGCAAGAAAAAACAAAGAAAUAUAUUAUUGAAAAAAGCAAUUCAUUUUUAUUUUUACUCAUCAUUAUUAUUAUAGAGGAUGUGGGUGUGAAGAGAACACUCACAUAAACAUGAAUAACUACACGUUCAAUUAAAUCUUUGACUUUAGUUUUCUUUUUUUCUUUUGCAUAAUUUAUGAUGAUUGAUGUUCAAACUGGUUCAAAAUCAAAGAUAAAAAAACCGACUUUUGUUUCAAAAAAAAAUAAAAAAUACAUGCCGCAUCUAUCUUAUCAACUAAAUGAAUUUUUUUUAUGCAAGAAAAUAAAUUCGAAACUUUGACAAUAUUUUCAAAUCAAAUAAUUACAACAAAAGAGUGAAAUUAAAAUAAAUAUUCAAUUUAUUAGACUUUCUUAUUUAUUCAUAUAUGGCUUGCCCGACUAACAGUCAACAGAGAUGAUUUAAGUUGUACAUUCAUAUUCUCGAAUACAAAAUAACUGAUUGCAUUCGCUUGAAAUUUUUUAGUAGAUUUUCAUAGAUGCUGCGUUGAUCUACGCUAUUUGUUUGUGAGAGUUCUGAGAAAAAACUGUAGCUGUCAGCCAAAAUAAAGUAUUUUUGUUAAAAAAAUGCCUUGAAAAUACACUGUUUUCUCGCAUGUUAUUUCGAUUGGUAGAGCUCAUACAUAUCGCUGUAUUUUUGAAAACGCUUCUUCUUUGAUUAGAUAGUCUGAGUUUUCGCUACAAACUUGCUUCUUACUAUAUCUUGUUCUAACUUAAGUAUUCGUAUGUAGCUUAAUAUUUCUGACAUCACCGAAUGAAAGAGAGAUCUUUUGUGUGAGUGCAGUACCUGCAUGUAUUUUUUGCUAUAAAACGUGCUCUACUAAAUCAAUUCGAAAAAAGCUUAUAGAUAUUAAACAACUAUUUAGUACACAUCUAUUCACCAGGUUUUAAGGCUAUAUACUUAAUCGUUUUAAAAAAAUUCGAACGAAAAUUUGCCAAAACGUGAGUGUGGGUGCGAAUGGGUUGUCCAGAAAAAGAAUAACCACACUCCUUCUGAGGGUGUGGGUGUGGGUGCAGGCGUAGGUAUGGGUGAGGCGUUGGAGAGGUAGAAUGCCUACACCCGCACCCGCCCCCACCCC